AUUAAAAAAGACCCUAAGCCAAUAAACACCCCCAACCUCGUUAGACGAGCUCUAUUUCAAUACCUUACUAGUUACGACCCCCUCGCCUCCGCAGCAGGCAGCCGACUCCAGAAACCGGCGAUGAGGCUCUUGACUCACAACAUGCUAUCCUGUAACAUUAAGGGAGUAACCAAUGGUUUUCCUCUUCUGAUCGAGGUACAGAAGGCAGCGGAAAAGACGGUGGAGUUCAACGCCGAUUUCAUCAGGAACCACUUCUCGAAGCUCGAGUGGAAGGCGCUGGUGGAGGCUGCGAGAACCAUGGGCUACGCGGAGCUCCCGGAAGAUGCUGAAGCAGCCGCCUCCAUGCUCGAUUCCAAAGAGUUCCUCCAGAAGAUACACCACGCACUCCUCGAGAUUCACCUCGAAGAAGGAGCGCUGGUUUGCCCACAAACUGGCCGCAAGUUUCCCGUGAGUAAGGGAAUCCCCAAUAUGCUUCUUCACGAGGACGAGGUCUGAUUAAUUUUUUAUUUACUUCUCUGUUUCACAAUGAUUUUCGGUUGGAUUUAGAGGCGUGAGCUAGGGUUUAAGGGGUUGAUUUAUGUAACUUGAAAGCAAGAGCUGCUUGGUUUUGUCCAAACUUUUUCAAUUUGAAAUUGAGAAGAAACACAGUCUAAGCAUGAACUCUGAAAACGUGUUUGAUGGCAUUAUUCUUUGAGUCCCUUUAAGUCAGCAAUAGUUAUAUUCCAC